AUGGCAGAAAACACAGGCAAGAAAAUAUCAGCAGCUUCAGCUAGGGCUCACACUAGGAAAUCCAAGCAAAGGGGCAAGAAUCCUUUCAGAUUUUUUUCUUCAAAAAUAAUGAUUGCCCAGAUAGCAAUUGGGUCACUAAUUGGAUUUUUGGGAUAUGCUUAUCUGGCAAUAAGACCACAUGCACCUAAAAUAUGCGGCUCUCCGGGUGGACCCCCGGUGACCUCACCGAGGGUGAAACUCAGUGACGGGAGGCAUUUAGCUUACAAGGAGAGAGGGAUUGAAAAAGAAGAAGCCCAGUACAAGAUAAUUGUUUGCCAUGGCUUUGGUGAUUCUAAGGAUUUCAACCUUCCUGUUUCUGAAAGUGACCCUAAUCCUGCAAGGACUGUGAAGAGCGACGCAUUUGACAUUCAGGAACUGGCUGACAAGUUGAAUCUCGGGCCCAGGUUUUAUCUGAUUGGCAUAUCCAUGGGAGCUUAUCCUGUUUACGGCUGCCUAAAAUACCUCCCUCACAGGGUUUUGGGAGCUGCGCUUGUUUCUCCUGUCGUUAACUACUGGUGGCGGUGUUUUCCUCCAGAACUUUCAAAAAAAGCCUUGGGAAAAACUAUUUUCCAAGACCGGCUGACUUUUAGAAUUGCACAUUAUGCCCCCUGGCUGUUGAACUGGUGGAUGACUCAGAAGUUGUUCCCGUCUUUCAGCAUCUUGCAAGGAAAGCUCGAUGUUUUUAGCCGCUCAGACCUUGAGAUCCUCAAGCAGUCGCCAGAAAUUCCAAAAGAGGAACAGGAGAAAAUACUACAACAAGGUGCUCAUGAAUGUUUUCAUAGGGAUUUGAUGGUAGGUUUUGGGAAAUGGGAAUUCGAUCCCAUGGAUAUCGAUAAUCCUUUCCCUAACAAAGAAGGCUCGGUUCAUAUGUGGCAUGGGUAUGAAGAUAAAGCUGUUCCUCAAGAGGUUAAUCGAUAUUUGGCCGAGCAGCUUCCAUGGAUCCAUUAUCACGAUGUUCCCAGUACCGGACAUCUGUUGAUCUAUAAUUCCACGCUUUGUGAGUCCAUACUCACUGCGCUUUUAUCUUCAUGA